UAAGUUGCAGCAGGUCGACCGCAGUGGUAACGUGGUGGUUCUUGGCAGAAUUGAGAGCCUGAAAGGGAAAAUUGGAAAAUUAUAGUUGAUUAUUUUAUUUUCUGCGUGUGUGUGUGUGAGGAAAAGUUCCAACGAUAUUUCCUGAGGGAAAGUGAUUUGAUCGAGUAGGAAUCGAAUUCGAGCGUUAAAAUGGUGCUGGAUAUCGCGCUGGCAAGAUUGGACAACACGACCCCGUUUGGGUUCAAACUCAUCGGUGGAGCCGAUUUUGACGUUCCGUUGCAGGUCGUCAAAGUCAUACCCGGAAGCAUUGCCGAGGAGGUUGGCAUGUACCUCGGGGACGUGGUGAUGCGAAUCAAUGACAUACCGACCAGCAACAUGUCGUACUACGACGCCCAUCAGCUGAUGGCCUGUGCGGGGAAUCGGUUUACCCUAGGGAUUUUGAGAGCACGUGAAAUUCCCCCGCAGCAGCGAGCUAUUGUCAAGGAGAAGACUCCCAGUGGAGAGGCGGACUUCAACAGUUUGCCAAAGCCGUUCUGGACUCCGGGAAGCGUAAGUAGCAUUCCGCAGACCAAGGAAGAACAGGAAAUCGAGCAGAAGAUUCCGGACGUCCCGAUCACCGAUGAGCAGAUUGCCGAAAUUCUCUCCGGUGAGGCAGAAGUGCUCAAGCAGCACAACAUAAUUGGGGUCAACUUCAAGAAGAUGAUCCCUACCGCUGGAGUAUUCAAGCAAAGCGAAGUGUUCAAAACUCUCAACAGCGAACUGGUGCAGACGGAGGAGGACAAGAAGUGGACCACCUUCAUGCAGAAGCCGAGCCGUCCGACGCCGAAGACUCGCGAGGAGCGUCUGCGCGAAAUGCAUCCACCCGCGGAGCGCUAUCAGGUACGAAUCGUAAAACAGCCGAAGCCGAAGAUCGCACCCGACUACAAGCCACCCAAAUCGCCGGAGCCAGAGCCAGAACCGGAACCGGUGCCGAUGUACGACGACUACCUGUACGAGCGAACCGAAAUUGAAAUGGAGACCAUCAAGACGCUCGAGUCGGAACCAGUCAUGGAGAAUCCAGGUAAUCCCGAUAGCCCCGAUCCUUGUUCCGAUGACCCUACCCGUAAUCCAGAAGACAAUCCCGGUCCCAAUCCUGACAGCAGUAGUGGUAACGACAACGCAGAUAACUCGAGCCCUACGAUCGCAGGUAAUCCAGCUAGCCCGGCAGCCGAGUCGGAGGAGGAACCGGAAGCGUCCGAGGAGUUCCGGUCCCAGCUACAGAACGUCCAGAAACAGUUGGAGGCCCUAUCGAGCCUACCGAACACGAUCCAAGCCACGAUCGCUGCCCUAACGGAGCAGCUGUCCGCCUUGGCUCAACCGAAACGAAAAUCCAAGAGCGUCACCCCACGCCCAGAAGAAGGUUCAACAGCUGCACAGCAAGCCGAUGGUGAUGCUGCUGCAGCGUCGUCGGAGGAGAUCGUAGCGGAAGUAUCGGAGACCUUCGAGGUUACCGAGUACAGUAAAACGGAAACCGGUACGGCUGAGAGCGAACAGUCCGCUAGCUCUGACGAAGGUGAACACAUUAUCUACACUGACGAACAGUUAGAGAAGCUGCAGCUCAAGAUGAAGGAACACGACAUCGAGUGGACCGACCGGAACGAUAAGAGUUCGGAAGAAUCGUCCCAGGCCGGUGUUGCAGAAUCUGGGAACACUCGAACGGCGGUCCAGAAUGAGCUGAAGCUGCAGGUCGUCAAGAAGAAGAAGAAGGCCGUCAGCUCGUUCGGCCCGUUGACCCCGCAGGAGCGUCCAAUCUAUCUACCCGGAGGUCGCAAGUGGCGCAACGCCAAGGAUGCCUUCAACGAGCAGUUCAUCGCCGAGGUGAUCAGCUCGCAGGCCGAACUGAUCCAGGGAACCACGCUCGGGAACUUUUACGAAAGUCCUCAUCUGGGUUACGACGACAGGGUCAACUUCCUCAAGUACCAGAAGCCGGAGAAGGAUCUCACCUUCAUCAAGAAUAGCGACGUAUACAAGCUGAUCCACGACCAGGACGCCCCGAAGUGCGGUAUUGAGCUGCGUCCGGAGCUGGUGCUGGCCGAGGAAGACGUGCGAAAGGUAAUGCAUGAUGAAACCAUCUUUCAGCCCCGCAAGGAUCGGGUCUUUCUGUUCCAAAAUUGAUUGCAUCUUUCAAUCUUCCAUUUCCGAAUCAAUCGCUCUCAUCUGUCGUCAUCCGAUCAAUCAAUUCUCGAUUGGCUGCGUACCCGAUCCCGUGACACGUGACACCAUCGCGGCCGCCGCUCCACACCAUCGACGUCUCACUCGGGGUGUUCCGACCGAUUCGACAGUGUACAUCACCGUGUUAAAGAGAACCAAGCUUAGUUUGUGCAUAUUGUACUAUCCCCCUCCCCCUCUCCCAACGUCAACAUUGUUCUUGAAUUUAUCUUUUGCCAACAAAAGAAAGUUCCGCGCUAUUUCCCUCCCUCCUAUUUUUAGCUCCGGUCUGACCCGACGCGGUCAGCUGGUUUCUUUGCGAAAUGAUGAAAACAACAGACUAUUUGUAGCUUGUAAGGAUUUUAAUUUUAGGACACUUUUCAACCCUUGUUUUUCAUUACAUACUUCAUUUGCCAGAAACAGGUUAGCUGUAUAGUUUGUUUUGUAGUUUGAUCACUUCGUUGACUUUGGUUUGUCAGAGAUUGUCAGAGAUUGGACACAAUGGAAAUCGUCCGAAGAACGAGUCAGCCAAAAUCAAAUCGCGUGUUGUUUUGUUUUUUUUCUCUCAUCCUACAAGUUCACAAUGACGCAUUAUAUUUUACUAGGGUUAAGUAUUUUAAAUAUGGAAAUAUAGACGACAAAA